CGCGUUCGUCACUAUACAUCUUUCCCGUCCAGCCUUGGAACAUCUACUUCACUGUUAAUUUAUAUAUGCUUGUUGUUUUUUUUUUUAUUAUUCCGUGAACUUCAGUGUCUUGACCUGCUGGAUACUCAGUAUGAGGUGCUGGCCUCGUACUACAGUUUUGGACCUGUUAUAUACUCUAUCCGCCAUGAACAUUUUACAGGAUAGGCUCCUUGAUUCUCACUUCUCAUCCACCUGAAUCCACCGUCUCGAAAUGUGGCCCCUAUGGGUGGCUCUACGCACCUAUGGACCAUACAUCACAUUUCCCAUUGCAGCCGUCGUUGGUGCUAUAGGUUAUAAUUUAGAAGGAUGGAUGACCAAGCGUCGGACUCCGCCAACUAAUAAAUCUAUUCAAGAACAACGCGUGGAAAGGCACCUGCAGAACGAUGACAAAACUGAACAACUACAACAAUACAAAACCAUAUUUGACAAAGAAAGCAAUAUAUCGCCUUCUCUAAAAUCAUAGCAAUGAAUAUGAAACUUAGAUAAUAUUUAGGCGACUCUUUGUUAUGAGAAAAACACCGCAUAAGUAAAGGUGUAUAAUAUAGGAUCUUUUAUUUACGAUGUUUACCUAUUUGUUAGUAUAGUUUUUACCCUAAUAGCAUUAAAUAACGCUAGCGAAAUCUGUCUGUCAGAAGCGUAGUUAAAAAACUAAUGUGCAGAACUAAGAUAAUAACGCCUCCCCAACUGCGAGAGCACUGCUGGAUAUUCUAGAAAUAAAGAUUAUAUAUACAAAAUGU